CCUACUCUGCUUUUCUUCCCGAAACCUGAUUUUCAUGGCGAGAGAUCGCAGUGGUAUGUUCAGUUUCCGAAGUCUCCGCUACAUAAUCUUCAUCUUUUCCAUCUUCUCCUUCAUUCUAUUCUUCACUUGGUGUCACUUUUAUGGCCAAUGCUAUUAUCCACACCAAUUGUUAUUAGCACAGCAAAAGCCUAACAAUAAUAAUCAGCCAAUAAUCAACCUCCUUUCAUAUCCUCUUGCUUGGAACCGCCUUGCCUUCUCAGAAUUACCACCUCCAAGGAUCUUAAAGAUUGCACUUUUUGUCAAGAAAUGGCCUCAGAGAUCUCAUGCCGGUGGGCUAGAACGCCAUGCCCUCACGCUCCACCUCGGCCUUGCCAAAAGAGGCCAUGAACUACAUGUCUUCACCACAUCGUCGUCGUCAGAGGAUUCUUCUCUUACUAAGUAUGAACUUACCAACUUGUAUUUUCACCUCUCAAAACCAACACCUGGUGGUUACCUUGAACAGGCUUCAGUUUGGGAGCAAUUUCAAGCACAGAACUCAACAGGAAGACCAUUUGAUGUGGUUCAUACUGAAAGCGUUGGCCUUAGGUACACUAGAUCUCGUUGUGUCAGAAAUUUGGCUGUCUCUUGGCAUGGGAUUGCAUAUGAAACCAUUCAUUCUGAUAUCAUUCAGGAACUUCUGAGAAGUCCCGAAGAACCACAGGCAAAAGCCUUGACUGAAAGAGCAAUGAAGGUUGUUGAAGAGGUAAAGUUCUUCCCAAAUUAUGCACAUCAUGUUGCCACUAGUGAUCAUGCUGGAGACAUCCUGAAAAGAGUCUAUAUGAUUCCAGAAGAAAGAGUUCAUAUUAUUCUCAAUGGAGUGGACCAAGAAGUUUUCAAGCCAGACAUCUCCAAGGCAAAACAGUUCAAGCAGAAGCACAACAUUCCUGAUUCCAAGUCACUGAUCAUAGGACUAGCAAGUAGGCUAGUCAAAGACAAAGGACACCCACUAAUGUUUGAAGCCUUAAAGCAUAUUACAUCAGAAAACAGCACAUUCCAAGAAAAUAUCAUGGUUCUGGUUGCUGGAGAUGGACCUUGGGCUGCGCGAUACAGAGAUUUAGGGCCAAAUAUAAUGGUUUUGGGGCCACUUGAACAAGCUGAACUAACUUGUUUCUAUAAUGCUAUUGACAUUUUCUUGAACCCUACUUUAAGAGCACAAGGGUUAGAUCACACAUUGUUAGAAGCUAUGCUUUCUGGGAAACCAGUAAUGGCUACAAGACUUGCAAGCAUUGUAGGGUCUGUAAUUGUCAGCAAGGAAAUGGGUUACACAUUUUCACCAACAGUGAAUUCAUUAAAGAAGGCCAUCUAUGAGAUUUGUGAUGGCGGCAGGGAAGUUUUAGAAAAGAAAGGUAAGGUUGCUCUGCAAAGAGGUUUGAAGUUCUUCACUGCCACAAAGAUGGUGGCUGCUUAUGAAAGGCUUUUUCAUUGCAUAUCAGACAGAAACAAUAGGAACAAUCUUUGUCAAUAUCAACUACCAAGUAAUUAGAUGAGAAUACUGAGAAAGAAAGAGGA